AUGGCUGGCCUACGCUGGACUUGCGAUGAUUUAAUUCGCUACCGUGGACAUUGGUUUGACACGAGCAGUCUCAACCCGAUGAUUGAGCGGCUCCUUCUUGCUUACCCCUCUUCCACCAUCUUCGCAAUCGGCGGCCAUUCGGUCGUCGUGCACAUCUCUCCAAGCAUCGUUGCGAAAGUGGCGGCCAAAGCAGGAGACGGCAGGCUACGGAAUGAGCAGAAAAUGUUUGAACUGUUUCAUCAAUCCCAGUGUCAGCAUAUUGUUAAAUGCUUUUUCCGCGGAAUCGACGUCAGCUUUCUCGAAUGUCUUUCCCAAGGCACCCUCCACGACAGAAUAAGUAUGGUCUUCAGGACUCCCCGACCUGUCCACCACUGGAUGUUGCAGCUAUCAUCUGCAGUCGCGUAUGUAGAGAGUUUAGGGUAUGCCCAUGGCGACAUCAACCCUCAAAACGUUUUGCUUGACGACAACGAUGGACUGAAAUUGAUCGACUUUGAUCAUUCACUACUGAUCGGUGACCGCCUCGAUGUGGGAUAUGAGCCUUAUGUUCGACAAUAUAGAAUCGGCGCGAAAGACGAGGGCGGGACCUUUGGUGUUGCUGGACCGACGACAGAGCAGUACGCUCUAGGGUCGAUGUUUUGGUACAUGUCGCGGGGCACUGAGUUGUAUGCUGAGCUUGAAGGGCCAGACCGGGUUGAUCGCUUGAUUGACGAUAUUUUCCCAGAGGUCAACUUGGAAGACCCCAUAGACAAGAUUAUAGACAACUGUUGGCAUGGACGGUACGGUCGUGUGGCUGACCUGCUCAAGGACGUGGAAGGGAUCAUGGGGAGCACGAGAAAGGAGCAAAAGUUGGUAGAUGGAAGUGACGAGGUUGAGAAGCGGCGCAUUUGUGAAGAAUACUACAACAGCGUAACACGUCCACAGGAAGAUCUAGCUGUGGAUAACAUGGAUACAGAUAAUUAA